CAAAACUGGCAAGAACUUACAAGCUACUACUACCAAUAUAUCUGUUGUGCUGCUACCUCUUUAACUUCUCUCUCAUCACCCAUGCAAUAAAGGCUGGACCCCAAGAGAAGAACUUUUCCUGUGUGGUUUUUUACUAGUUUAAUGCCCUAUAUAUGACCACCGCCCUUGCCCUCCAUAGAGGAGAGGUAGAGAAUCCCACCCCACCCUAAACUUCCACCCCUCAUCUCUCUUCCCAUCCUUCCAAGACCUUUCCUCCUUCCCACCGCCCGAGGCUGCCGUCCCCCGGCGCCCAACCCCUCCCUUAGUUUCUUUUGGGUAUUUCUGGAAAUGGAUGGUGGGCGGCCUCCUCCUCCAAUAGAACAGUACGCUUUUUCCAUUCCCGGUAGCCCCAGCAGCACCACCAGCAGUAGCUCAGCCGCCGCUGCCACCACCUCCUCCGGCGGCGGCGGCGGCGGUGGGGGGAUUUCUAUUGGCAGCAGUGGCAGCAGCGGCAGCAGCAGGAAGUGCAAGGGAAAGGGAGGACCGGACAACGGGAAAUUCCGAUACCGUGGGGUACGACAGCGAAGCUGGGGGAAGUGGGUUGCGGAAAUCCGCGAGCCGAGGAAGCGGACGAGGAAGUGGCUCGGGACGUUCUGCACCGCCGAGGAUGCAGCCAGGGCCUACGACCGCGCGGCGCUUAUUCUCUACGGUCCUCGCGCACAGCUCAAUCUCCAACCCUCCGCGGUCACCGCGACCGGCGGUAGCUCCUCCUCCUCCUCCUCGACGUCCACCCUUCGUCCUCUCCUCCCCCGCCCCUCCGGCUUCCCCUUCCCUCUCCUCCACUCAUCCUCCUCCUCCUCUCUUUAUGCCUUCCCUCCCAUAACGUACUCUAACACAACGGAGAGCACCAUCGUCGCCCAUGGGCCCAUCACCAGCAGCGGCACGUAUCACUGCAUGCCUAUCGAACCGCAGCAGUUGGAGCAUGGAUCGGCGGUGGCGGCGCCUGCGCCUGCGCCUGCGCCGGCACCUGCGUGUGUGCCGAGCCAUGUCGUUGCGGCCGAUACUGGUGUAAUAUACGAGGACAUCCGCUCCCUUGCCGGGUCGGUGAGCUCGAGCCUGUCGCUCUCCAACCAGCCAGCGGCGCCGGUGGAGACCACCACAUCAAUGCCUUUGGUGUCGUCGCCGGUGUGGAAUUAUGAUGAUUAUGCUGCAGCAGCUUCUUGCUUGUGGGAUGACGGGGAUCCCUUCUUCUUUGAUCUAUGAUGGAGGAUGGAAGCAACUUCUCCUUGAUACUAUUAUUAAUAUAUAUAGGACUGAUAAAAGGAGAACUAGGGUUUCUGCUUUGCAUGCAUACUUUCGAAGGAUUCCUCAAUUAUACCAUCGUCUUGGUUGGAUCAUCUAUUUUUUUACAUUUUUUAUUUUUUUAUACUUGGAAGCUUGAAGAACUCUAGCAUUUGUUUUGUAAUGUCAGAAAUUUAUGAGAGUUCCAAACUACUUUAUGAUCAAGAAAGACAUCGCGCAAGCAGCAGGCUGGAGUGAUAAGAAGCAAACUGCACCAGAUGACAUGGGAUAAAGAGGGCACGCAGGAGCAACAGUAUAUAGAUGGAUGAGUAGCUAUGCGGGGGAGAUGUCUAUGCUGUCUCUAGGUUUCUAUUGUCUGAUCGCAGAUAUUUAGCUAUGUAGUGAUGUUGGCGCUAGUCCUUGGAUUAGACAAUCUUGGUUGCAGAUUUAAGAUCGCAGGAUCAUUUCGAUGUCAUUUCCACAUUUUUGCAGCGAUGGGUUUCUACUGUUUUACCAACUUCUGUAAUGAAUUUCUGGCCGGCCGAGAAUGUUUUACUUGUUCAACGUGGUGAUGGUGGUCAUAUUUCUUCUUAUGACAGAUUUGUUGGUAAGUAUUUCACUGUUAGCGUACUUUGAGCAUUGCCUCUAAAUUGUUUGAUCUUUUUCGUUUUCUCUGAAUUAUCUUAGGGUAUCCUGCAUGAUCAUUAUUUCAUCCAAGUGUUCGUGAUCAACACUGAUGUUUCUAGAACAUGUUUUUUAUCACUUUGUUCAUGACUUGUUUCAAUACUCUGAAAAAAACUGUAUUGAUCUAUACAAUAUUGAAAUCUACAGAAAAUCUUGGGCAUGUUUUAUCCCCUAAUUUAAUUUCUUCGGAAAAUCAGGAUCACUAAAAGAUCGAUGAGCAUCAUAACUAGCAGGGAUUUGCUGGUGGAUUAGCUCACAUAGGAUGUUGUCUAAAAGAGGACAUCGGCAGCAAGUCUGGAGCACAGAAGUAGAGUCUGAAAGGAAAACGAAAGAAGAUCAUUUGAAAUGUAUAUUACAUGCAAUUUAGGAAAUGAAAAGAGCAUACUCAAGGUGGUUUAGACUUAUAUAGACUCGAUCAAAACAAUAAGAUAUUUUGAUGAUCAUAGUGUAUGUUGACUUUUUUCCUGUCUUUGUGCAAUUGGAGCGUUCCCUGGAAAUAAUUAUUCCUGUGUUAUAGAAACUGCAUAAUUUGAAAUAAAGUGCAUUGAUCAAAAAUUCCUU